AUGUCAAAACUAACUACCUCUACUGAAGCCACGUUAGCCGAAACAAACGAAACAACAGAGAAAACAGACAAGUAUUUUACUUUAAAGAACGAAUGGUCUUUGCCGGAAUAUCUAUUAUACCGCCAAAAGUGUACUGAUUUCCAGCCAGACAAGCAUAAAGAACAUUCCCUGUACACUCGAAGCCUCUCAACUAUAAUGAAUAUGGAACAGGCAAGCGAGGCUACAAUAAAAAAGGCCGGAAAUGCGCUUGUUACUUUUCAGUGGAUGGGUCUAAGGGACAAUAGUUCUUUGGAUGGGGUCCGACCUGCGUUCAACCACCCACACUUCCUGACUAAGAUCGGAAUACUGUUUUUGUUUUUCUUUUGGAUAUUACUAAUACCGCAUCAUUCAAUAGACGAAAAGAAAUCACAGCUGGUUAAAGAAUUCUGGAAAAGCAUUGAUUCGUCACAAAAACGGAAAUUUACUGCAGUAGCUGAACGCACGGCUCUGACGGAAGAACAUAUCACCGACGUUGUUUUCUCGACAUUCGAACAAGAACGGACAAUACGGGAUGAGAUUACACAACAAGGACUAAUUGUGCGAAGUAAAUUUGCGAGAUGUUUGGAAGAUACGGAUCUUGAAGAUUGUUCGAGCAAACGUCAAUGUCUCCAAGUAGAUGAUGAACCACCACAUACUCCCGAACACCAAAUGCAUCAUCCAUCUAUCUUGUCCUCAAGUGAAAAAACAACUAAACCACCAAAAAAGAAAUCAGCAAGAAAAAGGGGGGACACAUUGCCUGGUGGUGCAAAAAUUGAGAUGACGACUCUCCUGAACCUGUUACCGUGGGAUAAUGAUGAUUCCACUGAAGAGUAUAAUGAUGAUAACGAUGACGAAGAAGGUGUCCCUUCCCCAGAAGGAACUCUAGAUUUCAUUCUUAACAAUCAAAGAAGCUGGAUCUUGCCCUCGAACCUAAAUGUUGGCGAUAUUGUUGCUAAGAAAAUAUCUGAAAAUGCGAAGGAAAUGAAAAAGAAAAAGAAAUUAUCAGCUAUAAAAAAAGCUGUAUUACGCUAUGGUUUAUCACAAAUAAUCGAUCUAUCGGCUCAUAUGAAACAAUGGUUUUCUCUCGAAGAUAGAAGAUUUAUGAUGAAAGAUUACAUGUCUUUAUUACAAGUUCCCGGCCUGAAAGACGAAGAAACUUCCUUUGUCACAACUAUCGAAAAGAUAGUACUCGAAAAAAGAAUAAACGAAGCAUACGAAUUUUGCACUAGAAAAUUUACUAGCUCCGAGGCGAACAGCUACAUGCGAAAGAUUAGUAAAGUAUACUUAGAUUUUAUUUACAGAAGUGAGGAUGGCGAUAUGUUGGAUUCUGCACACACUGAGAUUGACAUAAUACUAAAAGCAUGUUCAUAUAUUGUUGAAGGACUGAGGAAGAGUCUGGUAGUAAAACAAAGAUGGGGAGAGUCAUUCUGUCCAUUGAGCAGAAGCACGGACUAUAAGAAUGGUCGCAAGUGUGAUGCAAUUGGCGACCGUUGUCGAUCAGCUCGUAUUAAUCAAUCGAUAUUAAAUGGUCUGUUGAAUCGCAACCUGACCAAUGAACAGGUUAAGAAAAUCAAUGUUCCCUUUUUACAGAUUGCGGGUACGAAUGGGCAGAUGUUAAUUGAGGAUUUGAUUGAGGGUUUUUAUGUUGUCUUUCCGGGUCCAAAGUUUGAGCUUCCCACGAAGCUUCAACAUAUUGAAAAGCUGAAAUCCUCUGUAAACAUUAUCAAGUUUGUCAUGGAUAUGUAUGAGAAGAUAAGUGAAAUCGUGGAGACCAAAGAAAGUACGAAUAAUGCGUUUGAUGAUAUUUUCGAUAGUGAUGAGCUUGACACGAGUCGACCCACCCAUUAUAAGUCGGAAUAUAUUCGUGAACCGUGGUGGACCCCGAAAAGUAAUAAAGCAAAAGUCACCGACAACAAAUAG